AUGCCACUGCGUAUAUUAGGUGCGAGGUCACUGUACAACGGCGGAUCCUCCAGCUCUAGGUGCCAGCCAUCUGGCUCUUCCACCUUGAUCCCCUUUGACUCAUACCCAGGUAAGACCUUUGGCGAGGUCUCAACAGUUGGCAAUGGCCAGACUGUGGCGUCGUUUGGGUCGACUCUCAUGAUCAAGGCUAGCGCGAACCAUACCCUCUCACUGAGGGGUGCGGUUCCAUGGUCUAGAGACCUCGGGGCGUCUCACAAUAUCAAUGGCUUCUAUGGACUUACCCAUCAAUAA